AUGACGUCGGAGCGUUCUCGAAUCCCGUGUCUCUCGGCUGCUGCUGCCGAAGGAACAGGGAAAAAGCAACAAGAAGGAAGAGCAAUGGCGACACUGGAUCGCAAAGUGCCCAGUCCGGAGGCGUUUCUGGGAAAACCCUGGUCCUCCUGGAUCGACGCCGCCAAAUUACACUGCUCCGACAAUGUAGAUUUAGAAGAGACUGGAAAAGAGGGUGGAAAAAGCAGGGAGGUUAUGAGGCUUAAUAAAGAAGAUAUGCACCUAUUCGGCCAUUACCCAGCUCAUGACGACUUCUACCUGGUGGUGUGCAGUGCCUGUAACCAAGUCGUCAAGCCGCAGGUGUUCCAGUCCCACUGCGAGAGAAGACAUGGGCCAAUGUGCAGACCGUCUCCCUCUCCAGCAUCUCCACCCUCCAAUUCCAGGACAUCGCUAGGACCAGUGAAAGCAAAAGCCUGCCUCAGCGGCCACAACUCUGCCAACAGCACCUCAAAGCCAUUCAAAGCGCCCAAAGACAAUCUACUUACCUCCAGCAGCAAACAGCACACAGUCUUUUCUGCGAAAGGAUCAAGGGAUAAAACAUGCGUUCCGGUUCCUGUGGUCAGUUUAGAAAAGAUCCCUAACCUAAUGAAGGCAGAUGGUGCCAAUGUCAAAAUGAACUCGACAGCCCCGCCCACCGCCACCCCCUCCUCCUCCUUCUCCACCACCUUGUCCUCCGCCGCCUGCAACUCACCUCUAAUGAAGCCGGGUUUUAUGCCCAAGCCAGUGCCACCAUCACCAGAGAAGAUCUUAAACGGCAAAGGUGUCCUACCGGCCACAUUGGACAAGAAACAUCAAAAUGGCACCAGAAACAGCAACAAGCCUUACAGGAGACUCUCAGAGAGAGAAUUUGACCCAAAUAAACACUGUGGAGUCUUGGAUCCCGAGACAAAGAAACCUUGCACAAGAUCCCUCACCUGCAAGACACACUCGCUAAGCCAUCGGAGGGCAGUCCCGGGCCGGAGAAAGCAAUUCGACCUCCUCCUGGCAGAGCACAAAGCCAAGUCUCGGGAAAAGGAAGUUAAAGAUAAAGAGCAUCUCCUGCCUCCAGCCAGGGAGCUACUCACAGGCCAGCCUGGGCCGGCCCAAGGUCCUCUUCCCGGAUCUGCAGGGGACUCGGGGCCAGAAUGUAAAGUCACGUCUCCGGCCAAAGCCAGGCCUCCCAACUCUGUACUUCCCAGACCAUCCUCUGCAAAUAGCAUCAGUAGCAGCGCAUCUUCGAAUCACAGUGGCUACACUCCAGAUCCCCAGCUGGCUCCCGCCGGAGGUGACCUCGCCAGCCGACUGUCCAGUGAUGAGGGAGAGAUGGACGGGCCAGAGGAAGCCGAGAAGCUGGACUGCCAGUUCUCUACACACCACCCCAGACCUCUUGCGUUUUGCUCAUUCGGGAGCCGCCUCAUGGGACGAGGGUACUAUGUGUUUGACCGAAGAUGGGAUCGCUUUCGAUUCGCACUCAACUCCAUGGUAGAGAAGCACUUGAGCUCGCAGCUGUGGAAGCACAGAAGCCCGAGCCACAGGGCACCAGGUCCCUCCCCCCUUUUCAGGACUUGCUUAACCAAUCUGCUGUCACUGAGCAACAUUGGGGCUGCCUGGGUGUCCACCCUGGAGAGCGUAGCGCCGCGCUGCCCUCUCAGCCUCGCUGCCCAAACCCCAGGCCCCAACGGGCCUGAACCCGGAGGCCUGGCAGCCGAUGGGGGCAUGGAAGACAUUAGGAAGAAAAGGAACGGCCAAGACUCUUUUUUCUUUAACAAGCAUUUAACUCUGCAUCAGGAGACGCCAACACAGUAUUCUCUUUCCACCAGGAAGAUCCCUCCCGCGGCCGACAGCCCGGUGCCCGUGCCCGUGCCCGCGCCCGCAGCCCACAUCGCCGCCCCGGUGCCGGCCUCCGUGCUGCAGCCUUUCAGCAGCCCGGGCGCGGUGUUUCUUCCCUCGGCGCCCAUCAGCUCGCGGCUCGCCUCCUCCUACAUCAUGACGUCCGCUAUGCUCUCCAGCACGGCGUUCGUGACCGCGCCGGACCCCAGCGCCCUCAUGCCCCACCCCGCGGCGUUCCCCCACAUGGCGGCCACCCUCGGCGUCAUGGACUCGACCUUCAAGGCCCCCUCCGCCCUGUCCCCAGUCCCAGCCGUCCUCCCGGCCCCCUCCCACAAGCCAUCCAAAACCAAAACCAGCAAAUCCUCAAAAGUCAAAGACCUGUGCGCCCGGGGCGACGAGUGUCCGAGUAACAAAAAGAGGAAGCCGCAGCCUUCGACUUCCUCCUCCCCCGCCCCCUCCCCCCUGUCCUUGCGGACCUCCCUCCCGUCUCCGUUGUCAGGGCCCCACAAAAAGAACUGUGUGUUGAACUCCUACCAGGCGGGCCCCUGCUACGACCGCCUGCCCGUGCACAGCGCCAACAAUGGGAUGAGCCCACUCAGUGCCAAACUGGAGCCCUCAGGACGGACCUUGCUGCCCGGCGGCCCCGUGGACUCUGCGAGACACGUGGGCACGGUGGACGGCGGCCUUGGCCCCUGUCCCCUCUCCGUGCCCUCCCUCGCGCUCCACGCAGGGGACCUCUCUCUGGCCUCACACAAUGCCGUGUCUUCUCUGCCCCUCUCUUUUGACAAGUCAGAAGGAAAAAAGCGUAAGAACUCCAGUUCUAGUAGCAAAGCCUGUAAAAUCACAAAAAUGCCUGGUAUGAACAGCGUCCACAGAAAGAACCCACCCAGCCUUCUUGCACCCGUGCCCGAGCCCGUUAACAGCACCUCCUCUCGGCAGAUUGGGAAAAAUAGCAGCCUAGCUUUGUCACAAUCCAGUCCUUCAAGCAUUUCCAGCCCAGGACACAACCGACAGAAGACCACAAACAGAACGAGCAGGAUAAGGACUCUCCCGUAGGGAGACUGCAAAGAAGCCACUUCUAAACCAAUCCCUGGCCACCUGCACCCACCUGGAGGCCUUGGCGAAGGGUGGGGGUCGGGGGUGGGGAGAGGCCACAUCCUGUGCCCUGCCUGUGGCUCUGGCCUUUCUUCUUCUUCUUUUUUUUUUUUAUAAAAAUUGACCAAUUUGUUGUUGUUGUUGUUUUAGUUUUGAACAAAAAGGGGGGGAGGCAAAAAAAACACGUGAAUUUGAGAUUUACAGAAAAACAAUAACAGCGUUUUGUUUCCAUUGCCUUUCCUUUCAUUUGCCACCAGUUAAUCAUUCUUCCAGUUUUUUGGGGGGUCACCCCUCCAUCUCCCUUUGCUGCUGCUGCCCCCUCGCUCUGCUUCAGCCAUCGAGGGCAGACAGGAUAGUGUGUCAGUGCCAGGCGGCCAUCACCUGGAAAUCUCACACUUUCGUUCCUCAGCCUCUGCCAACAGGGUGCUGGUGCCAGGGCCCCGGCCCGGGGUGCAGACAGAUUGGGUGGGGUGCCCACAGCAGGUUCCUGUGGCCCAUGUAUUAUGAGCGAAGUGGAGAAGAGCAACCAGUGACUGAGAGCUUGCUGUAUACUGCCAUGCAGCUUCAAAGGAGAGAUUGGGGCAGGGGCUGGAAUGGACCUUGGGGCGGGGGGUGACAGGAAGCCUAAUGUAGGGGACCCCUCCAAAGAUGGUGAGAGCCAGGUGAUUGUUAGGAAUCCACACGGGAAGCCCUUCCCAGGCCCCAGUGCACAAAAUCCCACAGCUGAACCAGCAGGGAGGAGGCUCAGGAGAUGGCUGCACGAGGUGCCACCAGGAGGCUGCCCAGGAGGACACUGCAGGUCUCCAGCUGCCCUCCAGGGCCAGACAAAGAGGAGCAGGAGGGGAGGCACCCAGGGAGGACUCUUCUAGAAGGUGGGGUGGUGUGUCCAACCCCUGUGAGAAUCAAGACUAGCAUUUCCCACCAACCUCCUUGGUUGGGUCACAGGGGCCCCCAGGAUCAGCACCCCCAUAGAUCAGCUUACCCUCAUCAUCGGAUGCUCCAGACCAGAUGCAGCCCCUAGAAGAAGGUGGAGAGACCCCGCAGCGAUCACACUGGAGUUUGGAAAGAAAGCAUUGCAGUCCCAGGAGCUCCUAACCAGGAAAGGAUUCCCACUAUAAAACAGGUUCUACACUGCUCACCCAGAGUCCUGGGAGGCACUGUGGAUAAACACGCAUCUGCUACCCAACUGGUCAGGGGUUCACACCCACCUGCCGCUCCUCAGGAGACCAGAGGGGCAGUCUGCUUUAGUGAAGGUGACAGCCUUGGACCUCCCAUAAGGCAGUUCUACUCUGUCCUAUCUGGCCACGAGAAGUCAGAAUCAAUUCAGUAGCUACUAAUCACGCACCUUGGCACACGUGACCCAGCUCACGUUGUUUAAAUUAACAGCGCUACCCACAAGAGGUUUUGUUUCAUGAGAAAUGAGUGCCACCUUUGCAACUGGGCACAGCCCCACCCCCCCUGAAGUAUUUCUUUUCUUUCCCAACCCAAAGAUCAGACGACUGUUGAGUUUCAUCAUGUUUGAAAUUCACUGGAAUUUGCAAAGACAGGAGACAGAUGGAGUGGUUUGCAUCAAUGGAAUUGCACUGAUAGGACUACUAAACUUUUUAAUAUAAAAUGAAGAUUUUUUUUUUUAAUCAGGAGUUGAUAUUAGGUACCAGGACAUGCGUUCCAAUUUCACUUUUAUUUCUACAGUGUUAAAAGUGCACUUAUAUGCUGGUUUAUUUACGUCUUAGGGAAAAGACUGCAAAUUGAAGGGAAGAUUGUAACUUUCUUUUUAAAAUACAAAAAGUUAAGGCAGAUUUUAAGACUUAUAAAUGUUUAAGAAAUUAUAAACAAGGUUAGACCCUUUGGGAAAAAAUUUAGAAGCUAUUCUUAAAGUAAAUUUUUAUAGUGUUAAUUUUGUAAUAAUUUAUGUUUUACUAUAUUACAGAGCUAACUGACCAUAAUAGUUUCAAGAACAAUAUGAAACUUAGGAAAGUUGAAGCAAUGUUUCUAUUUUUAAAAUGUUCUUUGAAUUGUUUUUAUUGUACAUUUCUUCAGACUGAAAACUAUGUACAUAUCUUGGUUAUUUUUGCACAAUUUUGGUCUUGUUCGGUUUUAGCGGUCUGUUUUUUAUAAUUUAUUUUGAGUUUUAAAACUUACAGGAGUAAAACAAACAAACAAAAAUCUCAGCAACAAAUAACCCUCUGACUUAUAAACUCUUUAUACCGGAAGAGGGAAAACCAAGGUUGUGAGAUUACAUGGCUGCUUCUGAGAAAUUACGUCUCAAGGGGGACUCACGGAGCCAUUCAUUUGCUUCGAACGUUUGCGCGCUCUGCACGCUUGUCUUGAAUUGGAAGCUGGAAGAAGAGGCUCCCCCACCGAAUGCUGCUUUACAUUGUGAAAGACUGGCUUGGACCAAGGUGAUGACAGUUCUGGAAAACUGAGCAAAAAAAAAGGGAAACCCCAUGGUAUUUCUUCCUCCAUUGUCACCCACAGGUUUACUUUAGAAUGAUGUAUUGAAAACUUGCAGCUUGAAAAGUGAAAUGCAAAUAAAAGGCUUUGUUUUG